UUCUGUUUGUUUGCACUCACUUGAUCCGGAGCGGAAAUUCCUCUCCGUUUUUGUGAAUGACAAACUCAUUAACAAUUCAUCAGCACGGGGCCGCUCCAUCCGGCCCCCGUUGCCAGGGCGACCGCCACCGAGGCCUCAUCCGAUUGGCCGCGGCGGACACAAUGUGACCCGGUGGACACGCCUUCCCCAGUUUGUAGCCACUCAGCGAGCACCGGCGCCGCAGAGAGAGACAGAGGGGGAGACAGAGACCGCAGAGCGCCGAUUCACAUCUCGGACCGAGCGCAGGAAGAGAAACACGCGGCGCCCCGCACGCACACAAACAAGACGCGCUUAACCCGCACGGCGCGCGGUGUCUCCGGCGCGACCCCGGACCGUCUGCUGCAGGAAGAGGAGCCGUGGAGUUAUAUAAGAGCCCCGGCGCGACUCAUUGAGAAAUCACACGCACAGACGCAUGAAUGAUCGCGAGCGGAGGCAUCGAUCUGUGAAGGAAACCCGCGUCCGUCCCGAAGCGCGCGGAGCGCACUGAAGGAUUUUAGACUGAGCUUCUAUUCCGCACUUUUUCUGCGCAAUUUUUUUUGCUUUAUUGUCGCUGCCUCCGCGCUGCAGCCAGAAAACCUCUCCAAGGACCUCACUUCUCCAGAUCCUGCCCCCCCCCCCCGCCCCCCCUCGCACAACCUCCAACUCCUGCUUAUAAAUGCUCGACAAGCUCAGACCCGUCAUCCAGCUCGACUCCGUCAUGGCGAUAAGCAAGACCGUGUGCUGGCUGCAGGAGCAGCUGGAGACGCGCAGGGACGGCCUGCUGGUGAUGGACUGCCGCGCGCAGGAGCUCUACGAGUCGUCGCACGUCGACACGGCCAUCAACGUGGCCAUCCCGAGCCUCAUGCUGCGCCGCCUCAAGAAGGGCAACCUGCCCGUGCGCUCGCUGCUCUCCGACGGCGAGGACCGCGAGAAGUUCGUGCGCCGCUGCACGACGGACACCAUCGUGCUGUACGACGAGUACAGCCGCGAGUGGAACGAGAACGUGGACGGCGGCUCGGUGCUGGGUCUGCUGCUGAGGAGGAUGAAGGACGAGGGCUACAGGGCCUACUAUCUGGAGGGUGGCUUCAGUAAAUUCCAGGCCGAGUAUCCGGGUCUGUGCGAAACCAACCUGGACGGCACCUCCAACACCAGCUCCCCCACCGCGCAGGUGCUGGGCCUCGGUGGCCUGCGGAUCAGCUCCGACUCGUCCGACAUCGAGUCGGACAUCGACCGGGAGCCGAGCAGCGCCACGGACUCGGACGGCAGCCCGCUGUCCAACCCGCAGCCCUCCUUCCCGGUGGAGAUCCUGCCGCACCUGUACCUGGGCUGCGCCAAGGACUCCACCAACCUGGACGUGCUGGAGGAGUACGGCAUCAAGUACAUCCUCAACGUGACCCCCAACCUGCCCAACCUCUUCGAGAACGCGGGGGAGUUUAAGUACAAGCAGAUCCCCAUCUCGGACCACUGGAGCCAGAACCUCGCGCAGUUCUUCCCCGAGGCCAUCGGCUUCAUCGACGAGGCUCGAGGCCAGAAGUGUGGCGUCCUGGUGCACUGCCUGGCGGGCAUCAGCCGCUCCGUCACCGUGACGGUGGCCUACCUGAUGCAGAAGCUCAACCUGUCCAUGAACGACGCCUACGACAUCGUCAAGAUGAAGAAGUCCAACAUCUCGCCCAACUUCAACUUCAUGGGCCAGCUGCUGGACUUUGAGCGCACGCUGGGCCUCAAGAGCCCGUGCGACAACCGCAUCGCGGCGCCCAGCCAGCAGCUGUACUUCACCACGCCGACCAACCACAACGUCUUCCAGCUGGACCCCCUGGAGUCCACGUGAGGCGGCCCGCCGCUACACCCCCCCCCCCUGCCGGAGGGUCUCGCGGGCCUCCCCCCCCCUUUUUUCGGAAAAGCUGCAAAACGCUUUCUCUCGUUUUUUCCGCCCUGCGGCGUGGGACCGGGGCGCCACGACCUCAUUGACGCGGGCGCCGCUGAGCGGGAACGAGCGGAGGGCCGACGCCGUCCGGCCCGACGCGCAGCUGCUUGCUGACCAGAUGAGGAGAGACAGCGAAAGACACAAGGGAAGCGAGAUAUCUUCUUCAAUCUUUACAUCGCUGCCGGGGCUCCUGUGGUUCCCCCCCCCCCUCCCCCCCCUCUCUUUUUGUCAUUGUAUCUUGACAGGACUUAACGUGAUUUGUUGGACAGCUGAUGCUUCAGAGCUCCUGGGCUGGUGUGCCAAAGAGACGCGAUUGUUCGAACUGGACGGAUCUAAAAAAAAAAAAACCUCUCUGCUAAGACGGCAGGGUGCGUUGUCUCCUUCGUCUUCUGUGAAGACCCUGCCUGUGGGGGGGGGGAAGCCCCCCCGGCUUCACACGGCACGCUAUGAACGUGACUCGAUUUUUGCAUUUGUGGAGACUUCUCACACAUUUAUACGUUGUGAAUAUAUCUUCUAUAUAAUAUAAAAGUAAAAAGCCUUGCUCUACUAUCUACCCUUUGCAACAAGAGGGUACUCAUUGUUUCAUAUUCUACUUUCACGUAAGCUAACAAACUGCAUAUUGAUCAGUAUGUCAAAGUUGAUUAUGCCAAAAAAAAUCAAGUAGGAUUUUCCAAGAAUUGUGCAAAAAUAUGUACAUGUGUAAUAUAUUUGAUGAUCGCUUUACGUGUGAAUUCAGCCGACGGGCCUUGUUUUUGCUCCCACCCCCCCCACGAAUCAAAGUCACCUUGGUGGUUUGCCUUACUUUUUCGCUCAGAAGAUGUUUUUAUUUUGCAUUAACCUUCAGAGAUUCCCCCGUUUUCUUGAGCAUCCCAGAGAUUUAAAGUAUAUAUAUUUUCACACAAAAAUACAUUAUUUUUUUCCAUUUGGCACCACGCAGAAGACAGCGUCCGUUGGAGGCCGAAUGGUCUGGAUCUCUGAAGGUCAAUGUGCGACGUCCUGAGCUCUGCACAAGCGCCAACAGUCUGGGACAAUUGGACUAAAGUCGGGCUUUGGUCACCUUCGCCUCUUCAGGGAAAUGCAGUUUUUAUUUGUGAGAGAAAAAUAAUGCCCCUCUACAAAGAAGGCCAUUUUCCAGAGGAAGCCAUCUGUGGCAACCCCCCCCCCCCCCCCCCCCCC